AAGAUAUCACCUAUCUUGACAAUUGUCGCUGUGCAUUAAACAAUGAAAGGACAGGGAGUGAAGUAAUUGCUGAAUUCUCUCGGUACACCUACCUUCUUUCCUUCUUCCAUUUCACUACUUAAGCAUCGGAGCUUAUUCCGAGGGAGAUAGCCCCGCCUUUUUCAGGUUUUCUUGACUAGACAAGGAGUGAAGUAAUGAAGGUACUAUAAGUAGGUGCAAGAUUUUGCCUCUGCAUAGCCCUUUUGUCCUACCCAAAUUUGGAUUGUAGAACUUCUCAACAUUCUGCACAUAUAGAUUCUGCAAUAGAGCUUUGUCAAAGCUUGCAAAAUUUAUAUUUUUGAAGUAGAAAUUUGAUUAUGGAAUUUGUGGACAAUGAUAAACUUCAUGUCCUAUUUCUUCCAUACUUGAGCCCAAGCCACAUGAUCCCUCUUGUUAAUGCUGCCAGGCUAUUUGCUGCUCAGGGCGUUAAGGUAACUAUUCUCUCCACCAAAUACAACACUGUCCUGUUUCAAUCCUCCAUUGAUCAUGCCAUCGAAUUAGGCCACGACAUUACAAUUCACAACUUGAAAUUCCCAUCAGCUGAAGUGGGACUACCAGAAGGAAUCGAGUAUUUCACCGCGGCAACUACAAAAGAAAUGCUUCCCAAGGUACACAUGGCUGUGUUGCUGCUCCAGAAACCAAUGGAAGAACUUGUUCAGCAUCUUAAUCCUCACUGUAUUAUCUCGGACAAGCACUUUUUUUGGACAUGUGAUUUAGCGCAGAAGCUGAGCAUACCAAGAAUCUUGUUCUAUCCAGAAAGCUUCAUUUCUCAUUGUUUGUGCCAUAACCUUCGGCAAUAUGAGCCUCAUAAGUCAGUCAGCUCAGAUUCUGAGAGUUUCUUGAUCCCUGGUUUACCAAACAAGAUUGAAAUGAAGAAGUCCCAAUUGGAGGAUCACAUGAAGGAAACAACACCGUACUUUGAAAUGAUAGUAAAGCCAAUCAAAGAAUCAGAGCUUAGGAGCUUCGGCUUGCUUUUUGACACUUUUUAUGAGUUGGAUUCUCAAUAUGCUGAUUACUUUGAAAAGGUAAGAGGGAUAAAGUUCUGGACCAUUGGACCUCUUUUCUACUUCUCCAACAAGGAGAAAACUGACACUACUGCCCAUGGGAAGGAGAGUUGCUUAAACUGGCUUGAUACUCAGGGGGCCAACCAAGUCCUCUACGUUUCUUUUGGAAGUGUUGUAAGAUUCUCAACCGCCCAACUCAAGGAAAUUGCAUUAGCUCUUGAGGCUUCGAACCAACCGUUCAUUUGGGUUGUCAGGAAGAGAGAAAAUGACCAAGAUAAUCAACAAGAGAGCUGGCUGCCAGAUGGUUUUGAAGAAAGAAUAACUGAAGGAAACAAAGGUCUGAUCAUUAGAGGUUGGGCUCCGCAGCUAAAGAUCUUGAACCAUCCAGCAGUUGGAGGGUUUAUGACUCACUGUGGUUGGAAUUCAACGAUGGAAGCUAUGACUGCUGGGGUGCCAUUGAUUACUUGGCCAGUGUUUUCUGAGCAGUUUUACAAUGAGAAACUUGUUCAGGUUUUGAAAGUUGGAGUCAGUGUUGGGGCAGAUCAUUGGAACUUAUCUCCAAUUAACGAGGGUCCUGUAGUGGAAAGCAAACAGAUAGAGGAAGCAAUAAGCCUAUUGAUGAGCAACUCUGAAGAAAGCCAGGAAAUCAGAAAGAGGGCAAAGAAGAUGGCAGCAUUGGCAAAGGGGGCCGUGGAAGAAAGUGGAUCAUCCUAUCAAAAUCUGCUUGAUUUAAUUGGUGCAUUAAAAGAAUGUGCUUUUGGUGUCAAGAGUUAGUUGUCUAAGGAGUACUACUAGUAUGAUUGCAAAAUGAAAUGUUUUGAGAUUGGAAAAUGUCUCUAGGUACUUUUUCUAAGUUUGUUCAGUUUAUUGUCUAAGUAAGAAUGAAGGGAUGCUGCAAUGAUAAUAAAGAGAGUUGAAUCCGGACACAUUGCUCGGUUGGUUUUAUGUUU